GAGCUGCCUGUUUGGGUUUGUGCGUCUGGAGAGGCUCGUGCGGUUCUUCUGGGCUGCGCGGGGACUGGGCAGCGCUGGGUCCCGCCAGCGACAAGCCGCCAAUGGCUGCAAAGCUGCCGCGCAGGGGAGCCGCCGCCGCUGCCUGCGAACUGAGCCCGGCCGAGAGCCCAGGGCGGCGGAGGCGGCGCUGGGCUGGCAGCGCGGGGGAGGAGGACGAGGACCCCGCCGUGCUGACUCUCACCCACUUCUCCCGGCCGCCCUUCCUCAGCUUCGGCAGCCUCCGGCCCGGCGCCUCCUGCACCCGGCUCCUGGCCGUAGACAACCCCAACCCGGAGGAGGCGGAUGUGGCUGUCGACCGCUUCCCGGCUCCCUCCACGGGCUUCAGCCUGGAGCGCCGGCGCUUCCUCGUCCAGUCUGGAGAAAGAAUCUUUAUUUCUAUAACAUGGACACCAUUAGAAGAAGGAAAAGUCCGAGAACUGGUAACUUUUAUUGUAAAUGGCAUUGUAAAACAUCAGGCUGUGUUGCUGGGUGUUGCUGAGCAGCCUCUGAAGAAAAAGAAGAGUCUUUGGGAUGCUAUUAAAAAGAAAAAUACUUCAGAAAGAUCAGUUUCUACAAGAGCUAAGAAAAAACAUUCAAAUGUUAAAAAUGUUAACAAAACUUUUCGUGUUUCCAAAACAACGGAUACAGUUAGAAGCCCACUCCAGUCCUGUGAAAACUUGGAUGUGAUACGGGGUAGCAUGUCCCCCCCAAAAAACUCGCUUAUCACGUUAGAAAACAAAUUGCCUAUAUCUCCUAUCAGUCCUGUAUUGCAAGAACAUCAUGAUACCAUUUGCACACCUCUUUCAAUGAGAAGAUCUACUACAUACUCAGUUCUUGGUACAGUGGUAAAUGAUGAAUUAUUGCAAGAAAUACACACGUGUAACAUCAAGAGACUUCAUAAUCCUAAUGAGGAAAUAAAAUCCUCAAGUAUACACAGUUCUCCUUCUGGAUUAGUAGAAGCACACAGAUCAAAUACACAUUCACCUGUUUGUGCCGAAUGGACAGCAGACUUGCAUUCCUCUUUGAGUCAAAGGAGAAUUUUAAGUCCAGAUUCUUUUAUAAAUGACAGUUAUCAAUUUAAUGUAGAAGUUGUAGCAGAGCAAGUUGCUCCCAUAUUGUCACCCGAUCAGUUUGUAAAAGACAAUUUAGCUAUAGAAUCAGUGUCUCAAGUUCACGUAUCUAUUUCACCGUCCUCUUUAUCCUCCAGUGUGGAGACUUGUAUCACAAAGAAGUCAUCUUCAAAAUGGAAAGAAAAUGAAGAAAUGCAGUUCAUAAGUGUAUCUGUAGAACAUAAAUUUCCAAAUGACGUCCUUGAUGAGACGCCUGUAGUGAAAUCUCAGUUAUUUCAUUGUACCAUACCUGAACAAAAUCAUCUGAGUAUUCCUCUUUCUGAUGAGGAUCUUCAGAUUCGCAGUUGCUCCCAAAGAGAACAACCGAAAAGUCCUGUGCUUUCUGCUACUGUCAUCAAAAAUAAGUCGUCUGUUGCUGAAAGAAAAGGAAUGGAGACAACUAAGCCAAAAUCUAGAAAAUAUCUUAAUAUGAUAAGGGAAGGUGUAAGUAUGGUUCCUAGACAUUCAAAGUUAGAAAUACUCCAGAACCUUCCAGUUAUAGAUCCCAUCUCAGGUGAAACGAAAUGUCACAAAGAUGAAAUACAUGCAUCCUCCAUUGGAUCUACUUUACAUAGUCGUAAGAGGAAAAAUGAAGUACACUUGGAAGAUAUUAAGGCUACAGCUACAGAAUAUAUGGAAGAAACAGAAACCAAAAGAAUCUUUACAUCUUGUGUUGACAGUAAAAUAAAAACUACUGUAAGACCACUGCUCUCUAAGCACAUAAACAGAGAGAAACUAAACCACAGAAAGAAAGCUGGUUCUUUGUCUAGAACUAUCAACAAAACUACUAAACCCAUUGAUGGUGUGGCGCAGUCUCAGCUGACCUUCAUAAAACCAUUAAAAACAGUCAUUCCUAGGCAUCCAAUGCCUUUUGCUGCUAAAAACAUGUUCUAUGAUGAGCGCUGGAAGGAAAAGCAGCAGCGAGGCUUUACCUGGUGGCUGAAUUUCAUACUUACACCUGAUGACUUUACUGUAAAAACAGAGAGUUCACAAGUAAAUGCAGCUGCACUUGUCUUGGGAGCAGAAAAUCAUCAUAAAGCCAGUGUUCCUAGAGCACCAACAAAAGAAGAAAUGUCCCUGAGAGCUUAUACUGCUCGAUGCAGGUUGAAUAAACUACGACGUGCAGCGUGCCGUUUGUUUACCUCUGAAACAAUGGUUAAAGCUAUUAAGAAACUGGAGUUUGAGAUUGAAACUAGACGUUUGCUAGUUCGGAAAGAUAGGCAUCUCUGGAAGGAUAUUGGAGAAAGACAGAAAGUCCUCAACUGGCUUUUAUCUUACAACCCUUUGUGGCUACGCAUAGGUCUGGAAACUGUUUAUGGAGAACUGAUUGCUUUGGAGAGUAAUAGUGAUAUUAUGGGUUUGGCAAUGUUUAUUCUCAGUCGCCUACUUUGGAACCCCGAUAUAGCAGCUGAAUACAGACACCCCACUGUACCUCACCUUUAUCGGGAUGGUCAUGAAGAAGCUUUGUCUAAAUUUACACUGAAAAAAUUGCUGCUGUUAGUUUGCUUUCUUGAUCAUGCCAAACAGUCUAGAAUCAUUGACCACGACCCUUGCCUUUUCUGCAAGGAUGCAGAGUUCAAGAAUAGUAAAGAUGUUCUACUGGCAUUUUCACGAGACUUCCUGAGUGGUGAAGGUGACCUUUCCCGUCAUCUUGGCUUCCUGGGAUUACCUGUUAGUCAUGUUCAGACACCACUUGAUGAAUUUGACUUUGCUGUUACAAAUCUAGCUGUAGACUUGCAAUGUGGCAUUCGUCUUGUGAGAACAAUGGAACUUCUCACAAAAAACUGGAGUCUCUCAAAGAAGCUAAGAGUUCCUGCAAUAAGUCUCCAGAAGAUGCAUAAUGUUGAUGUUGCCCUUCAUGUUCUUAAAGAGCGGGGAAUUCAGUUGAAAGAUGAAUGUGGUGCUUCAAUCGAGUCUAGGGAUAUUGUGGACAGGCACAGAGAGCGAACUUUAGCACUGCUGUGGAAAAUUGUCUUUGCUUUCCAGGUGGAUGUUUCCCUUAAUGUGGAGCAGUUAGAAGAAGAAAUUUCUUUUUUAAAGAAUACACACAAUAUUAAGACAAAAAUGGCUACUCUAGUGUCCUGCUCUAAUCAAAGUAAAGCAAGAAAAAACAGCAGUACUUACUCAUCUGAAAGUUACAGCGAAAAUGUGAAGCUGCUGAUGGAUUGGGUCAAUGCUGUUUGUGGGUUUUACAAUACUAAAGUGGAAAACUUCACAGUAUCUUUCUCAGAUGGCAGAGUAUUGUGCUAUUUGAUUCACCACUAUCAUCCAUGUUACGUGCCUUUGGAAGCUGUAUCCCAGUGUACCACUCAAACAGUAGAAUGUACAAAAACUGGUACAGUAGCACUAAAUUCUUCCUCUGAAUCUGAUACAUCUCUAAAUAUGUUGGAUGGAACAUUUGACCAAACUAUAACUACCUCAGUCCUCUAUAAGGAACUUCUUGACAAUGAAAAGAGAAAUUUCCAGUUGAUCAAUACUGCAGUUUCUGACCUGGGUGGAAUACCAGCUAUGAUUCAUCAUUCAGAUAUGUCAAAUACUAUUCCUGAUGAGAAGGUUGUUAUUAUCUAUCUGUCGUUUCUGUGUUCACGGCUUCUAGAUCUUCGAAAAGAGACUCGAGCUGCUCGGCUAAUUCAGUCAGUUUGGAGGAAAUACAGACUGAACGCAGAGCUAAAACUCCAUCAGGAAAAAGACAAAGCUGCUCGGAUUAUUCAAUCAGCUGUAAGAAAUUUUCUGUCUCACCGGCGCAUCCAGAAAAAAGUUAAUGCAGCAAUUUUCAUUCAGAAACACUGGAGAAGAUAUUUAGCUGAGAGGAAAACUUUGAAAUUGAAAAAGGCAAAACUGGAGGAAACUAAAAGUGAAUCAGCUAAAGUCAUCCAGACUUACUGGAGGAGAUUCUCUGCUAGAAAAAGAUAUCUGCAACUAAGAUACUAUGCUAUCCUUGUGCAAGCUAGGAUAAGAAUGUUGAUUGCUGCUGCUGCAUAUAAACGACUUCUUUGGGCAACUGUUACAAUUCAGAGACAUUUGCGUGCUUCCUUGGUGGCAAAACAAGAUCAGCAAAGAUAUGAAACUUUAAAGUCUUCAUCAAUUGUCAUUCAAUCUGCAUUUAGAAGAUGGAGAAAACACAAAAUUAAGCAGAAAAUUAAAGCUGUGAUAGUGUUGCAGACUGCUUUCCGAAAAUGGCAAGCCUCAAAAUUAGCUAAGAGAGAGCAAGCUGCUGUUGUCAUACAGUCUUGGUAUAGAAUGCAUAAAGAUUUGAAGCAGUAUUUACAUGUUAGAAAAAGUGUUAUCCAGAUUCAAGCUUGGCUUAGAUGUGUUCAGGCUAAACAUGUUUAUGAGGAAAAAAGGGCAUGCAUAUUGAUGAUUCAAAAGCAUUACAGAGCUUAUCGGUUGGGUAAAAUUCAAAGAGAAAACUAUUUGCAAAAACGUGCAGCAGUUACAGUCCUCCAAGCUGCUUUUAGAGGCAGGAAAACUCGUCUGUUAUAUAGACAAAUAAAAGCAGUCUGUGUAGUUCAAUCACAUUGGAGAAUGAGACAAGAGCAGCGAAGAUUUUUACUCAUGAAACAGUCUGUUGUUACAUUACAGUCGCAUGUGAGAAAAUAUCAACAACUAAAAAGAUACAAAGAGACUAAAAAUGCUGUUUGCAUAAUUCAAACUCGAUACAGAGCAUAUAUUGCAUCUAAAAAUGCUGUCUCUUCUUUCCAGAAAAUGCGCCUUGCUGCUAUUGUGCUACAAUCUGCCUACAGAAGAAUGCAAGCUAGGAAAGAGGCCCACAUAUUGAGAUCUGUGGUGAAAAUUCAGUCAAGUUAUCGUGCUUAUGUUGCCCAGAAAAAAUUUGAAAUUUUAAAAGCUGCUGCAGUGAAGAUUCAGGCUUUUAUAAAAAUGAUACAAGCACGUAAACGUUACCGUGCUUUAAGAGAGGCAGCACUCUAUGUUCAACGAAGGUACCGUUCCCAAAAAUACAUUCUUCAACUUAAAGAAGAAUAUAGGAAACUGAAGGGAGCUUGUGUUAGAGUUCAAGCUGUAGUGCGAGGGCAUCUGAUCAGAAAAAAAGUACAAAGAUGGAGAGAGGCUGCGACCUUACUCCAGGCUUCCUACAGAAUGAAAAGGGAUAGGCAACGCUAUUUGAGGGUGUAUUCUGCUACUGUUAUCAUUCAGAAUCGUUAUUGUGCAUACCAAGAGCAAGUCUGUCAGAGGCAGAAGUUCUUGAAAGUCAAAAAGGCAGUUGUCUGCUUGCAAGCAGCCUACAGAGGUUAUAGAGUACGCAAAAUGCUUAAACUUCAGUAUAUAGCCACUGUUAAAAUUCAGACAGCUUUUAGAGCUCAUGCUGCAAGAAUGAAAUAUCAAGCAAUGAUUCAGGCCUCUAUUGUGAUUCAGAGGUGGUACAGAGCCUACAAAACUGGUUACAAAGUGAGACUAGGCUUCUUAAAAAGAAGAGCAGCUGUGAUUUUUCUUCAAGCAGCUCUUCGUGGUUGGCAAGUACGAAAACAGGUUCAAAGAGAACAUGCUGCUGCAGUUACAAUACAGACGGCCUUUAGAAAGUUCCAGGCUCAAAGAUUCAGGCUUAUAAACAGUGCUGUGCUAACUAUCCAGCGGCAAUAUAGAGCCAGUAUUGUAGGUAGAAAACAGCGGCAAGAAUAUAUGGAACUACAUAACUGUACUGUAAAGCUCCAGGCAAUUUGGAGAGGAAGAACUGUGAGAAAACAUAUUCAAAGGAAGCAUCAGUUUGCAGUAAUCAUACAAUCCUAUUACAGAAUGCAUGUAAAUCAAUCAAAGUUGAAAACUUUGAGACAAGCUGUCUUAGUGAUUCAGAGACACUACAGAGCUUACUGUAUGAAAAAGGAACAACGUACACUUUAUCUAAAAACAAAAGCAGCUGCCUUAGUCUUGCAAGCUGCUUUCCGUGGGAUGAGAGUGAGGAAACAAUUCGAAAUCAACAAAGCUGCUACUAUUAUACAAGCAACCUACAAAUCCUAUGUAGUAAAAACAAAAUAUGCAGCACUUAAAGCUAUGACUAUCCUGGUUCAAAGGCGGUAUCGUGCAGUUGUUCAAGCUAAGUAUCAAAAGCAGGAAUAUCUAUCUUUAAAGAAUGCAGUUGUUAAAAUUCAGGCUAUUUAUAGAGGUAUAAAAGUAAGACGACAAAUUCACUGCUUGCAUCAGGCAGCUAUUUCAAUUCAAGCCAUGUUUAAGAUGCAUCGUAUAAACAUUAGAUAUCGUGCAGUGAAACUGGCAGCAACUGUAAUUCAAAUUAGAUAUAGAGCAUUUUGUCAAGGGAGAGUGGAACGUAAAAAAUACUUAGAGCUACAGAGGUCAUCUCUCGUCCUUCAGGCUGCCUAUAGAGGCAUGAAAGUUCGAAGAAAGGUAAGAAUUAUGCAUCAAUCUGCAACAAUAAUACAGUCAUAUUAUCGAAUGCACAGACAACAAAAAGAUUUCAAAAAGUUAUCCAUGGUAACUAAACAGAUACAGCAGUGGUAUCGUGCUUGCAAAGAACGAAAUGUUCAAGUACACAAAUACAGGAUUAUGAAGAGAGCCAUACUCUGUAUCCAGGCUGCGUUUCGCGGCAUGAAAACCAGGAGACAUUUGAAAAUGAUGCAUGUAGCUGCAGCCCUUCUUCAAAGGAGAGUUAGGUCCUUUCUUAAAAGGAAAAAAUAUAUUUCUCUUAGGACAGCUGCUGUUAUGAUUCAGAGAAAAUAUAGAGCAACAGCACAUGCAAAGCAACAGCACCAAGAAUAUCUUCAUCUCCGAAAGGCUGCUGUUACCAUACAGUCUGCUUAUAGAGGCUUUGUGGUAAGGAAAAAGAUGCAACAGAUGCACAGGGCUGCUACAGUUAUCCAAGCAGCUUUAAGAAUGUAUAGAAUGUGUAUUUCCUAUCAAUCUGUCAAAUCUGCUUCAGUAACUAUACAACAACAUUACCGAGCUUACAAGGAGGGAAAACGUGUGAGAGAAAUGUAUUUAAAACAGUACAACUCUGUUUUAGUUCUUCAGACUGCCUAUAGAGGAAUGAAAACAAGACAGCUUCUAAAGAAAAAACAUAAUGCUGCAACCAUAAUACAAAGCAAUUAUCGAAUGUACAAGCAAAGUUGUUACUACAAAAAAGUACAGUGGGCAACCCAAGUAAUACAGAAAAGAUACAGAGCAAGUAAGAUGAGAGGAAUUGCAGUACAGCAGUACUCUGCUAUGAAGAAAGCAGCAACUUGCAUUCAAAGAGCUUUUCGAGAGAUGAGGGCAAGAAAAAAACAUCAAGACAUAUACCACGCUGCUGUUGUUCUUCAGAGACAUUUUAAAACAUUUAAAGAACGACAAAGGUAUCUUUCCCUUAAAGCUGCUGCUGUUGUCCUUCAGAGAAGAUACAGAGCUUUAAUUUUGGUCAGAUGGCACACUCAAGAAUACCUUUCUUUUCGUAGAGCAGUUAUUCGUAUACAGUCUCUGUACAGGGGUAUUCAAACAAGAAGAAAAAUUCAGCAUAUGCAUUUGGCUGCCAGCACAAUCCAGUCAGCAUUUAGAAUGCAUAAGAUUAAAAUCGCUUACCAGAGAAUGAGAAUUGCAGCUGUAGUCAUACAGAAUUAUUACAGAUUCUAUGUUAAAGGAAAAGUUCAACGGAAGAUGUAUCUGACAAUUCAGAAAUCUGUGCUGGUCAUUCAGGCUGCUUAUAGAGGCAUGAAAGCACGACAAGAACUGAAAAUCAUGCAUGCAUCAGCAACUAUAAUACAGUCUCUUUAUCGUAUGCACAAACAGCAUAAUCAUUAUAAACAGUUACGCUGGGCAGUCAGAGUUGUACAGCAAAGGUUCAGAGUUAACAGGGCAAGAGAAGCUGAAGUAAAAAACUAUACCAAAAUUAAAAAGGCUGCCCUUUGCCUUCAGUCUGCUUUUCGUGCUAAAAAAGCUAGGCAGUUGGCUACAAUCAUACAAGCUGCACAGCGUAUUCAGUCAGUCUUACAGAUGUACUUAGACAGGAGACGUUUUCUUAAGAAGAAGACAGCAGCAGUAACAAUUCAGUCUGCAUUCCGAUGCCAUAGAAUGAAGACACGCUACAAAGCAAUUCGGAAUUCAACAAUUGCGAUUCAGCGAUGGUACAGAGCCUGUCGAAUGGCUUGUUUACAGAAAGCUGAGUACUCUGCCCAAAGGCAAGCCAUAAUAAUUAUUCAGUCUGCCUAUCGUGGAACAGUAAUAAGAAAAAUGGCAAAGCAAAAACGUGCUGCAAGAAAGAUUCAGUCUUUUCUUCACAUGGCUGUGCAUCGUAGAAAAUUUGUUCGACUCAGAGCAGCAGCUGUUACAUUGCAGACUUAUUACUUGAUAAAUAAAACCAAACUACAAUAUAUGCCCUACAGAAAGGCAAUAUUUGUAUUACAGCAGCACUACAGAUCAUAUUUAGCUAUGAAACACCAAAGAGGAGCUUACUUAAGAACCCGGAAGAGCAUCAUAAUUAUACAGUCUAGAAUCAGGGGAUUCAUCGAGCGGAGAAAGAUUCAGGAAAUUAAACAAAGCACAAUAAAAAUUCAGGCUUUAUUUAGGGGUUUUAAAGCCAGGCAGUUGGCUGGUAAAAUGAAAGCUGCACGAACAAUUCAAGCCUGGUUCAGAAGAUACAGAGCACGAAAAGAAUAUACAGCUGUGGUAAAAGCUACUUGUGUCAUUCAAAGUUAUUUCAAAAGCAAACGGCAGAGGACCUGGUUUUUGAAAAUGAAGGCCUCUACAAUUACUAUUCAGAGGAGAUGGAGAGAAACCCUUACUGCAAGAACAAUUCUGCUACAAUUCCUAGCAACCAAGGAAGCUGCAGUUAAGAUUCAAUCAGGUUACAGAAAAUACAGCACUAGGAAACAGAUUAAAAAGAAGCAGCAGGCUGCAUGUUUGAUUCAGGCAGCUUAUAGAGGCUUCAAAGAAAGACACAAGUUUCAUCAACAAAAAGCUGCUGCUUUGAUCAUCCAGAAACGUAUACGAGCUAGGCAAGAAGGAAGACAUGAAUGCAUAAAAUACAUCAAAACUAGAAAAGCUGUUAUUAAACUGCAAGCAUUUUUCCGGGGGUGGUUAGUGAGAAAAAAGAUUUUAGACCAGAAACAGAAGAAGCGGUUGCUUUGUUUUUCAGCUGCUGCAUAUCAUCAUCUCUCUGCUAUUAAAAUUCAGAGAGCAUUCAGAAUUCACCUUGUAUUGAAACAUGCACAAAUGCAGAUCUCUUCUGUCCUAUGUAUUCAGAGGUGGUUUCGAGCAAGACUUCAACAACAAAAAAGUCUACAGGAUCAUCAGAAAAUCAUUAAAAUACAGCAAAUGGUUCGAAGGUGGCUGAAACAGAGAAAUGAGGCUGCAACCACAAUCCAAAGAGCUGUACGAAAGUUCCUUUUCUACAAACACAGAAGAAAGCUGAAGAAUGGAAUAAUUAAAUUUCAGGCAUUGUGGAGAGGAUAUUCUUGGAGGAAGAAAAAUGACACAGCAAAAACUAAAGCAUUACGACACAGUUUGGAAAUGGCUAACAAAGAGAGCAAAGAAGAAAACAAACUGUGUAACAGAACUGCAGUUGCCAUUGAUUAUCUUCUAAAAUACAAACAUAUUUCUUACAUUCUUGCAGCGUUAAAACAUCUAGAGGUUGUUACCAGGCUCUCCCCUCUCUGUUGCGAAAAUAUGGCCCAGAGCGGAGCAAUCUUCACUAUUUUUAUUCUGAUCCGGAAUUGCAACCGCAGUAUCCCCUGUAUGGAAGUUAUCAAAUAUUCGGUUCAAGUCCUGCUUAACGUUUCAAAGUAUGAAAGAACUACUCAAGCAGUUUAUGAAGUGGAAAAUUCUGUAGAUACAUUACUGGACUUACUGCAGAUGUACAGAGAAAAGGCUGGUGACAAAACUUCAGAGAAAGGCGGAAGCAUUUUCACAAAAACAUGUUGUUUGUUGGCCAUUCUUUUAAAGGAUUCAAAGAGAGCUUCUGAUAUCCGAAGCACAUCUAGAGCUGCUUCUCGUAUUCAUAGCUUAUAUAAACUUACAGCUCGUAAACAUAAAAUGGAUGCUGAAAGAAUGCUUUCCAAGCACAAGAUGCACACAUCCAUGAGUGGGAGUUUCUUUGUUCCAGUAACUCCUGUACGAACAAAAGUAGUUUCAAGAAUUAAACCAGACUGGGUUUUAAGGAAAGAUAAUAUGCAAGAAAUUGUAGAUCCUCUGCAAGCUAUUCGAAUGGUAAUGGAUACACUUGGUUCUGCCUACCACUAAAAUGUAGAUACUAUCUUUGAAAAUGUGUGUGUAUAUAUGUGUGUAUUCAAAAUGGAUAAAUGCUUUUGAGAGGGAAAACAAAUUAGUGUCAAAAGUGAUUACUUAAAGAUGCAAAUUUACUCUACAAUUCGGCAUUUUUAUUUUGUAUUUUGUAUGGGUGGGUUUUUUUAUGCUACUUUGUACUAAUGCCUAAAGCAAUUGUACAAUAAAAUACUGAACUGCUUUGAA